AUGGAUAGUCAUGAGCUUACUGCCUUCCUGAGAGAUGCUGAGAAAUUCGUCCUUAGCUAUGGAUCAAUCAUAGAACGCGCUCCUUUACAGGUAUACGGUGCUGCACUCGUGUUCUGUCCAAAAACCAGCAUUACCCAGAACGAGCAGUGGAGGGAAAGGUUAUCAUUCAUCAAAACAGUUGUAGGCGUCAGAGACCGCUGGGGCACGCUCCGGCAGACGCUCGAGGGGCAUAAUGGUUAUGUUAAUGCCGUUGCCGUGUCUCCGAGUGGCAAUACGAUAGCCUCGGCCUCAAAUGACUGCACUAUACGACUCUGGGAUGCAGCUCUCGGCACGUUUAGGCAGAUGCUUGAAGGACAUAGCGACUGGGUCAGGGCCAUUGCCUUCUCGCCAGACGGCAAGAUACUAGCCUCGGCUUCAAACGACCGCACGGUACAGCUCUGGCGUGCCCCUACAGGCGCGUUCCUGCACAAGCUUGAAGGCCAUAGCGAGUGGGUUAGAGCUGUUGUCUUCUCGCCGGACAGUAACUCAGUAGCUUCAGCCUCGAAUGACCGCACAAUACGUCUUUGGGAUGCAGCUACAGGCUUGUUUCAGCAGAAGCUCGAGGGUCACAGCGGGUGGGUUUAUGCAGUUGCUUUCUCGCCAGACGGUAUAACGCUGGCCUCGGCCUCGUCUGACCACACAGUCAGGCUCUGGGACACAAGUAGGGGCGCACUUCAACAAACACUCAGGGGACAUGGGGGUUCAACUAGGGCAGUUAGUUUUUCGCAAGAUGGUAAGACGUUAGCCUCAGCCUCAGAUGACCGUACAGUACGGCUCUGGGAUGUAACUACGGGUGUGCUCCAGCAAACGUGUGAGGGACAUAGCGAUUGGGUCAGAGCUGUUACUUUUUCACCAGAUGGUCAGACAUUGGCCUCGGCCUCGAACGACGGCACGGUACAGCUUUGGAAUACCGCCACAGGCAUGCCCCGGGAAACACUAGAGGGGCAUAGCGAUUAUGUUAAUGCAGUUGCCUUCUCGCCUGAUAGUCAGACACUGGUCUCGGCCUCAGACGACUGCACGGUACGGCUCUGGGAUGCAUCUAUAAGCUCACAGCAAACGCCAAAGGGACCUGAUGUUAAUGUCUAUGGUGUUGUCUUCUCGUCAGAUGGAAAAACGCUAGCUUCAGUCUCAGAUGAUUGGAUAGUCCAGCUCUGGGAUACAGCUACGCAUCAUCAAACAUCUCGAAAACACAGCAGUCGGGUUAGGGCUAUUGCUUUCUCACCUAACAGCACAAUACUAGCGUUAGCCUCAGAUGACUGUAUGGUAUGGUUUUGGGAUAUCACGGCGGAUACUUUCCAACAGGCACUUGAAGGGCAUGACAACUAUAUCAAUGCCAUCUCUUUUUCGCCAGACGCUAAAACACUGGCCUCAGCGUCAAACGAUUCUACAGUACGGCUCUGGGAUACAGCUACGCAUGUACUUCAGAAAACACUUACAGGACAUACCGAGGCUGUCGGGGCCAUUGCUUUCUCACCUAAUGGCAAAACGUUGGCCUCGGCCUCAGUUGAUUAUACGGUGAGGCUCUGGGACAUAGUCACAGGCGCGCUCCAGAAGACUCUUCAGGUACAGAGCAGUUCAGCUUGGGUCACGGCCAUUACCUUCUCACCCAACGGUAAGAUACUAGCCUUAGCAUUGGGCAAUUAUACAGUACGGCUCUUGGAUGCUGCUACGGGAGCGCUCCAACAGACGCUCGAGACUGAUCAAAUUCUCACGGAGCUGGCAUUCUCGACUGACGGCCAGUAUCUAAAAACGGACUACGGAAUGCUUAAAUUGGCAGAAAACACCUUUCCCAAUGAAUCUCUCAACCAGGAUAUUUGCGAUUAUGCUUUGUUCGUUGGGAAAGAGUGGGUGACUCUUGGCGGGAGGAAUCUUCUUUGGCUCCCUCACGAAUACAGGCCUACUUGCGUCGCUGUAUAUGGCCAAACUGUUGUCAUAGGUCGUCGCCCCGGCGGGUUGACAUUCUUGCAUUUCGAUCUUGAGAGUCUGGAUUGA